UGCACCUUUCUUCUUAAUAUGACAAACCGCGGGAUAACACCUUCCACCACUAUUAAUAAUCAGUAAGCAGAUGUCACAAAUGGAAGGUAGUGGACGUGGCGAAGAGAUGACAGGCAGCACUGAACUCUCUAUCAUACCUAACGUCACCAAAUCAUAAACAUAAGAUAUUUUUAAACUAUUCAGGAUUUGAUUGGCGUCGGAAAAUUUGAAUUUGUUGAUUCUCACAUAAAAAUUCUCCUCCCACUGCGAAGCUGAUACUCUGUCUGUUUGGUUCCCCAGAAAAUAAAGAUUAAAACUUACAAUCGUAUUUCCAACAGUCUGAUUGUUCCUGGCAACCAAACAGAGGGGAAAUGGCCGAAAAGAUUAGAGUGCCUGAACCAGCUACUUCCUUCGAGUAUAUGCUGUUUGAAGGAGAUCCCGACCACCUAAGAACUGUUGUUGCUACACCUACCCAGAUUUCACCAUGGAUUGAACCAGCUGAGUUGAAACUAAAGCACAGGAUUGGACGGGGCAUCUUUGGAGAUGUUUGGUUAGCAACCCAUCAUCAGUCGUCGGAUGACUUUGACGAGUAUCAUGAAGUUGCUGUUAAGAUGUUGCACCCAUUGAAAGAAGACCUCACACAGAUAUUUGUGGAUAAGUUUGAGAAGUUAUUUUUGAAGUGCCGAGAAAUCCUAGGUGUUGGUUGGUUACAUGGUAUAUCAAUUAUGAAUGGACAGAUCUGUAUUGCUAUGAAAUUUUACAAGGGAUCAAUUGCUGAUCGGAUAGCUUUAGUGAAAGGGGGCAAGCUUCAAUUGUCAGAUAUUUUGAGGUAUGGAAUAGAUUUAGCAAAAGGAAUUCAGGAGCUGCACUCAAUUGGUUUGCUGGUGUUGAACCUUAAACCUUCUAACUUUCUUAUCAAUGAGCAUGAUCAUGCAGUUCUUGGAGAUUUUGGUAUCUCUUUUCUACUUCACGGAAUUCCAUUGCUGAAUUCUGAGAUGGCUUUAAGACUUGGAACACCAAACUAUAUGGCUCCUGAACAGUGGGAACCAGAAGUUCGAGGUCCUAUAUCUUUUGAGACAGAUUCUUGGGGAUUUGGGUGUAGCAUAGUGGAGAUGCUGACUGGUGUCCAACCCUUUUUUGGGAAAUCUAUUGAAGAAAUAUAUCAGUCAGUUGUGAUCAAGCAAGAAACACCACAGAUUCCAAAUGGUUUGCCUCCUGCUGUUGAGAAUGUUCUUGGUGGCUGCUUUCAGUAUGACCUUCGCAACCGACCUCUAAUGGAAGAUGUUUUACAUGCAUUUCAUAGCUCACAGAAUGCUGUUAACAGUGGUGAAGGGUGGGUUGGUCUGGAAAGCAGAGCCCUUUCUGGAAAAUCUAGUGGUAGCUAUACUGCAUGGUAUCUUUCGAGAGACAAUCUGCAAUUGGGUGACACAGUUCGUUCAAGAAAGCCAUUGAAUGCAUGCAAACCUCAAACCAUGGAUGUCCCUAAAGGAACUUUAGUUGGUCCAGAUAGUAAUGAUGAUAGAAAUGGUUUUGUGCUGGUGAAAGUUGCUGGAUUGCACAAUCCUCUGAGAGUACAAGAGUCGACACUGGAGAGAGUCACAUUUGGCUUUGCAGAGGGAGAUUGGGUGUAUCUCAAGGAAGAAACCAGCAUGCAUUCUCCUGUGGGAAUUCUACACUCUGUGCAGCGUGAUGGAGGUGUUGCAGUUGGAUUUGUAGGGUUAGAGACUCUCUGGAUGGGAACCUAUUCUGAUCUCCAAAUGGCUAAAGCUUAUUAUGUGGGACAAUUUGUUAGGCUGAAGGCUAAUUUGGUUACUGCCCGAUUUAAAUGGCCACGUAAAAGAGGAGGGGGAUGGGCCACCGGGAGGAUUUCACAAGUCCUUUCAAAUGGGUGUCUUAUUGUGAGUUUCCCAGGAAGGCUUGUGUUUGGGGACGAGUCCAAUACCUUCCUUGCAGAUCCAGCUGAAGUGGAAGUAGUGUCUUUUGACACGUGUCCUGGAGUGAUGGAGAAAUAUCAGCAUGUUGAGGAUUUUCACUGGUCUGUAAGGCCCCUUGCAAUUGCAUUGGGAUUAUUUACUGCUAUGAAGCUUACCCUUUCUGUUGGACGAAGCAUCAGCACCAAACUGAGGAAGGGCCGCAAAUCAGGUGAAGGCCAUUCUCAGGAUGGCCAGGGUGGCGGCAAUGCAGCCUGGUUACCACCACCAGUUGCAAAUAUUCUUUUCAAAGAAGGUGUUCCUGCUGCUACUGUUAGGUAACCUACUAACACAUAUCCAGCCUUGAGCAAUUAUCCUAUCAUCUGCAGAUAUUCAGAGACUGAACUAGAAAACUGGCCGGAGCCAAGAACAAUUACCAAGACAUUGUAAAUAUGUAAAUACAGAUGGCUAUAUGCUCCCUGUAAAUACAUACUCUUACAGAAUGUUUGAUUAAAUGUAUGUGCCUGUCUUUCAAUGCUGUAUAAACGUGAACUUCAGUUCACGUCUGCAACAAACAAAGUUCUACCAGUACCAUAAUAGUCCGGGUUCAAACUUUUUUUUUAA